UAUGCCCAUUGCCCAAGUGCUGAAUCUAGAUGCCGGCUUAGGGUUGGGUAUUUGCCGGGUUCAUACCGUGCAAUGAUUAUAAGGCUGCACCAACGCUUCUCCGUGACUCACAUUUACUACCACUUCCCCCAUGGAUCCCUCAAGGAUAAGAGAGAAAAUCGGUCGCUUUCGAAUCCUCGUUAUAGGAAGAGCGAAUGCAGGGAAAACGACCAUCCUCCAGCGAGUUUGCAAUACACGGGAUAGUCCAAAAAUAUACAACAACGCCGGGAAACAGAUCGAUGUUGCAGUUUUAACGGCGUCCAGAGGGUGCGGACUACACGACAUCGAGAAUGAAAUGGUGUUCGAAAGUAACCGGGGAUUCAUUUUCCACAAUUCACGGGGUUUUGAGGCAGGCGGCACAUCAGAAUUCGAACAGGUCAAGGCAUUCAUCUCGCGCCGUUCUAAGGAAACGAAAAUUACGGAUCAACUGCAUGCUAUCUGGUACUGCAUUCCCAUGGACGAAGCAUGCAGGUCGUUCACUGCAGCUGAAAAGAAAUUUUUCUCUGAGUGCGACACAGGAAGCAUACCGGUGAUAGUUUUAUUCACAAAGUUUGACGCCCUAUACGACGUCGAAUUCAGCAAGCUAAGGGCGGAAGGAAAAUCUCGGAAAGACGCUAAGGAACUGGCCCCGAAACAAGCCGAAGAGUCAUUCCCUAACGGGCCACAAUUGAAGUUUCUCAAGGAAGUGCGAUGGCCUCCAAAAUGCCAUGUAUGCCUUUCUAACAUGGAGAAGGAUGAUGCAGAUUGCAGGGCACUUAUCGAACGUACGGCUGGGACUCUGGAUAAUGAAGUGCUUCAGCAAAUAUUCGUCUCGACCCAGCAGACCAACCUGGAGAUCUGCAUGAAAUAUGCAGUUGAGAGAACACUCCCAAGACGUUUGGACUCUGCAGAGACAACAUCUGCGGGUUACGAUGGGAUAAUCAGGAUAUUGAGCGCCUGGUUUCCGCACAUUGAUGUAGGAUUAUCUUAAAUUUUGAACGUUGCUCUCAUUUACGUUGGGCGUUUACUUACCGUUCGCAGAGCGUGAGUGUGUCGAUCCUCGUUCGACCAAGACCCAUGCUGAUCCAAGUCGUCGCCCACCGUUCGCAGUUGGUGAGUCGUGUGAGUGUUUGAUCCUCCAUCAAGUGUAGCCUUCCUGAAUCAAGCCAUCGUCCGCUGAUAUGUUGAU